AGCGGCGAUAGGCUGCGGCCAUGCGGAGUGGCGCGGGGCUGCUGCUGGCGCUGGGCGCCGCGGGGGUGCUGCUCCUCCGCUUCCUCGUCCUCCUGCCGCGGUGGGCCCGCCGCGCCCUGCCCGCUGAAGGGAAGGCGGUGCUAAUAACAGGCUGUGACAAAGGUUUUGGACAUGCCUUGGCAAAAUGCCUUCAUGCAAAGGGAUUUACUGUUUUUGCUGGAUGCUUGCUCAUGGAGGAGAAUGGAGAUGGAGCCAGGGAGCUGAAGAACAUGAAGUCAGACCGGAUGAAAGUGCUACAGAUGGAUGUGUGCAGUGAUCAGGAAGUGGCUCAGGCUGUUGAUUUUGUGAAGAGGACCCUGAAGGAUCCAGAGGAAGGUCUGUGGGGCCUUGUGAACAAUGCUGGCAUCUCAACCUUCGGAGAGGUGGAAUUUGCAAGUUUAGACAACUACAAGACGGUGGCAGAGGUCAAUCUAUGGGGCACUGUGAGGGUGACAAAGGCUUUCCUGCCCCUCAUUCGCAGAGCUAAAGGCCGUGUGGUGAAUAUCACGAGCAUGUUGGGACGCAUGGUGAGUCCAUCUCGCUCCUGCUACUGCAUUUCCAAGUUUGGGGUGGCAGCCUUCUCCGACUGCCUGAGGCAGGAGAUGUACCGCUGGGGGGUCCACGUCAUCCUCAUCGAGCCCAGUAACUUCGUGGCAGCCACCGGCAUCCUGACGGCAGCUGGCAUCGACCGGCAGGCCGAGGCUCUGUGGAGUGGGGCCACGGACACGGUGCGGGGGGACUACGGCAGCGAGUAUUUCACUCACCACGUGGCCAUGAUGAAGUCCUUCGUGAACAGUGGCCUGAAGGACAUGUCUCUGGUCUUGAAUGACAUCACCAAAGCGCUGACGUCCCCGUGCCCGAAGAACCGUUAUAACCCCAUGGAGACCUACUGGUGGGUGAGGCUGCAGGUCAUGACCCACCUGCCCACGGCCAUUGCCGACUGGCUUUACAUCCCCGGAGCCACCCUGUAGACAGGCAUCCUUCAGGCAUCCCUCCAGGGCUCCUACUCACACACAGGUUAGGGCUGACCUCUGCGCUCCUUGCUGCUGUGUCUCCCCUGGAGAUGCACAUGCUUCCACUUUGAGUUAUGGCUUCAAGUCAUGUGUUGUGGGAUGCUAGAACAGCAGAGCUUUUUUGGAUCUUUUUUUUUUUCCCUUCAUUCUUGUUGUUUGUAUUCCUUGCUGUGCUGAUUAAAGUUGAAAGGUGUUUUCCUAUUAACUAUGGAGGAGGAAGAGGAAGGUAAACAUAGUAUGUCAAAUAUGUGCCAAAUAUGUGGCUAGUGUAAUUAGGUCAGCAGAGUUCCCCCAGUGAUAAAUUUGGCUUAUUAAUGGGCUCUUGCUUUUCCUUACAAGGACAAACUGCUAAUAGCAGGGCAAAGCUGUUGCUAUGAGAUGGCUUGAAGGGAGAAACUAAAAUGGGAAACAAAUUCAGAGUUUUCCAUUUGGCUGAAAAUGGGUCAGUCACAGUCUUCUAUUGUUUUCCUGACACUGCCAGGAAGCUCUGCUGUGCUGUGACUGUCUGCUCUUUCCAGGGAAACAGCAACACUGCCUCUAAACAGCCUCAUUACCUAGCUGCAAAGAAGAGUUCUUCCCUCCCUGCACUGUGGCUGGGAGGUGCCAGAGCAAACAACUGGGCACAGGGUGGGCAGGGAAAAGCUCUUCUAAUAAUGAGGUCUGAGCCAUCUCUCAGCAGUCCCUGUGGAUGCUGGGAUUUGCAGCCUCUCUCCACCUGCUGCUGCUGAGCUUUGUGGGACAGGGUUUAAGCUGAUGUAGCAAACAAAUUUGGCUCCUCUGACUGCUACCUUAGGUGCCUGAACUACUCAGCUGUGGUACAGACACUGUCCAACCAUCCCCCUGCUUCCCUCUUGCUGGUAAGGGAGCUGCUGUUGGCAUUUCCAAAUCAGUUUUUUCGUUUGUCCUCUGCAUUUGAACAGUGAUGGGGCACUCUGCAGCCACAGUGUGGCCUGACUAUGAGCUCUGGAAGGAUGCUUUAAGGGACACAUUUCUUAUUUUUAUUAUUGCACAAUGAAAUCUCCAUGUCACACAAUCAUCUUCUCUGAGAACCUCCUGAUAACUGAUACAAGCUACUCUUGCCAGUAGAGUAUCACCAAGGGUCUCUUCUGUUGGCCACAUGCCAGAUUUCAACAAUGUUUUCCAAGUGCUGGGGCUGCCUGGCUUCUUGCCCCAUUCCCUGUGUUCCAGUGGUGACCGCUGGUAGAGCAGCCUGGUGGCCAGGCUGGGACCUGAGCCUCUUACUCUAGGGACCAGCUUUUCCUUCCAUUGCUUUGCCUUAUGUGAGAUUAAGUGCCUGUGAAAAGAAAUUAUAGAUUGCUCUUUCUUCAUCUGUCUCGGCUACCUCUGACUUGGAAACUGUGCCUUAAACUUCUGUAUGCCGCUGGCUGCAAAUUCUUGGGAGUCUGCAUGCAGCCAUGAAUGCUGUGAUGCCUUCAGGAGGAAAGCAGGUUUCCCUUGGAGAUGCUGUCAAGGCAGCUUGUCUUACAAGUAGCAACGGCUAGAAAUACUGCUGUGCAGUUUGUGUCUUUUCCAGAUCAUCUGCACAAGGAGAUUUCCUAGGAUUCAGGACCCAGAAGGAUCCCACUGAACUGCAGCUUAAACAAUAAUCACUUCUGCCCCCUGCACUGUGAAGUGUGAUUAAUGUUAAAGAGCUCUGAUUUGCACAGAGAGAAAAUAAACUGUGAGAUUUGUAAAGCAUA